AUGAUUCUGUCCGAACUGGAUCCGAAUAAGGACGAGUCGGCGAAUUUCCAUCGGAGAAUCGAGUUUCAUAUGGCGAGGAAGUCAUUUAAUGGAUUCAGUAGUAGCAAUAGUAAUGGGUUUAAGCUGGUGACUUUGAACCCGGGCUUUUCAAAUGGGUUUAAUUCGGAGCCUCAGACUGCGUCAUUGUCCGGCAAGAAGGGUGGCCGGUCGGAGCUUCUUGAAAGCGGGUUAGAUCCGGAGCUCAGCUUUGAAAUUACUUUCAGGAGAAUUGGUGCUGGCUUGCGUAAUCUUGGAAAUACCUGUUUCCUCAAUUCGGUAUUACAAUGUCUGACUUAUACGGAGCCAUUAGCAGCAUAUCUACAAAGCGGGAAACACCAAACUUCUUGCCGGACUGCUGGCUUUUGUGCUCUUUGUGCCAUCCAGAAACAUGUCAGCCGUGCUCUACAGUCGACUGGGAGAAUACUGGAGCCUAAAGAUCUCGUUUCAAACUUGCAUUGCAUAUCACGGAACUUCCGAAAUGCCAGACAAGAAGACGCUCAUGAAUACAUGGUGAAUUUGCUAGAAUCUAUGCACAAAUGCUGCCUACCUUCAGGAGUGCCAAGUGAAUCACCUAACGCUUAUGAGAAAAGUUUAGUCCACAAGAUUUUUGGUGGUUGCUUACGUAGUCAGGUUAAAUGCAUGCAAUGUUCUUAUUGCUCGGACAAAUUUGAUCCAUUCUUGGAUCUUAGUCUAGAAAUUAUGAAGGCGGACUCAUUAUACAAGGCACUUGCUCAUUUCAUGGUUAAAGAGCAGUUAGAUGGAGGUGCAAGGCAGUACCAGUGUGAGAAUUGCAAACAGAAAGUUAAGGCUCUCAAGCAGCUCACAGUUUAUAAGGCACCCAAAGUCCUCACAAUUCACCUGAAGCGGUUUGGUUCACAUGUACCAGGUCAAAAAAUUGACAAGAAAAUUGAGUUUGGCCCUACUUUGGACUUGAAACCUUUCGUAACUGGUCCCUAUGAUGGGGAUCUAAAAUACACACUAUAUGGUGUUCUGGUUCAUGCUGGUUGGAGUACUCAUUCUGGCCACUACUACUGCUUUGUUCGCACAUCAAGUGGCAUGUGGUAUUCUCUUGAUGACAAUCAGGUUGUCCAGGUUAAUGAGAAGAAAGUUCUUCAGCAGAAGGCAUACAUGUUAUUUUAUGUUAGGGAUAGGAGAAAUUUUGCUUCCAAGAAACCUGAUGUCGUCCAGAAAGAAAAUGUCGUCAUGAAUGCCUUGGGAAAGGUAGCAAUUUCGAAAACUGUAGCAUGUAGAGAUUCACUGAACACCAAUACUACGAAGAAGACUCCAAUGAUAGAGAGCUCUUUUCAAAAAGUAAAUGGCUCAAUGGCUAUUGAUUGCUCGUCUCCUUCGUCAGAAUCUUUAUCGGUAGUUCCAUCAGCUAAGGCUUCAGUAAAGGGCUUUUCUGGUGUGAAUACAAUAGCUGGAAACCAUCUAGCACGUGAAGUUUCUUCAGCUGUCUACAAUAUGGGCAGCUAUCUCCAUAAGGAUUUGAAUGAAUCUAGUAUGGUACCAUCUGACUUCAAUGGACACCUGGAUUCUAUUGACAAGAAAGAAUUGAGUGAUUCUGUUGUCAUAUCAUCCAAUCAGGACACAAGUGGCAAGGACGAUCUAAGCAACCCAGUCAUCAAGCCAUCAAAUAGCAGUGCAUUCAAUACAAGUGAUACUAAAUCUGAAACGUUUCAGUGUGACAGCAAGGCUAUGUCCCUGGAAACACCUGAGGAAGCAUCAAAGAAAAUUAGCUGUGUGAAGUCAUCAAAGCAAAUCAGCAUUAAAGGGAGUCAGGUUGGGGGUUCUCAUGGGAAGCGUUGUGAUUCAGUUGCUACAGAAGCUCAUGAUAUGAAGCAGAGAACGAUAGGCUUUGAAUCUGAAUCAUUAUCUGGGCUACCAGUCACCUCUGAAUACUUGUCGAUCAGGAAAGCAAAUAAGAAAAAGUCCCUACACAAAGUGAAAAGCAGGCCCUUCAGGUGUCAGGUUGCCAACAUGCAACUCAGCUCUAACAUCAUAUUUGGUGCGGCCUUUCGCCCGCAAAAGAAGAAACACAAGCAGAGAAAACAUCUCUCUCUGCAGAAUAGGAAUGCUGGUCGAGAGCAUUUGUCGGAUGGGAAUAACCUAUCAUCAGAUAUAGGACCAUCCACUUCUGACCAAUCAUUAUCUGUAUCCAUUGGACAUUUUAUGCUCUCUAAAAGGAAGGAAGCUGAUUGUGGCUCUAAAAAGUUAGGUGUGCAAAAUUUUACUGACAAUGGUAACAUAUCAAGGGUUGCUAGCAAUGAUGAGUUUAUAAUGAGAGUUGGUCAGAAUGAAGCCGUGCUUUCAACUGACAAGCAACUGCAAAAGGGUCUUCAAUCUACCUCAGAUGGGAAGCAGUCUACUGCCCAAGGAUCCAAUUGUUCAGGAGAUAACAGAAAAAAAUCGACAGAGAAUGGGAUAAUGAACAUGCUCACCAGAGGAUUAGAGGAAACAACUGUUGCACGCUGGGAUGACAUAGGCAUUCCUCCAUCUGGGAUAACAGAAUCAAAGGGACUGGACACCGUACGCAUUGGUUACAUUGGGGAUGAAUGGGAUGAAGAAUAUGACCUCGGGAAAAGGAAGAAGGUCAGGAGCUCCAAAUUAAGCUUCGAUGGACCAAAUCUAUUCCAAGAAAUUGCAACAAAAAAUGCAAAAAGAAAGAAAGCGAAGCUCGACAGAAGGAGCUCUGGAAACCAACCCUUUAGGAUAUGA